UGAAGCAGGAUCACCGAAGUACAAUUCUUCAUUUUGCAAGCAAAGAUCCCCUUAUGGUAGGGGUCAUAUCACCUGACUCACUAAAUCUCAUACCUCACACUGAAGCCAUUGCAAUCGCCAACAAGCUUUAUCAAUGUAGUGCUUUAGCAGGGGCCGGUGACCGAGACGGAGAACAGGAUGAAGAACAAGAUGAUGAAGCCUCGGAAUCUUCUUCAGCAGAAAUCUCCGAUAGAACUGGUCCAUGUGGACAAUGGGAGUGGAGUACUUGGAGCCCUUGCCCAGGAUAUUGUAUCAAGGAAGGGGAUGUUAAAAACGUCCGAACUAGAAUGAAGAUUUACACAGGUGAUCAGGGAAAGGAUGAGUGUGGAACAGAGAAGGAUCCAGAGGAAUGUGGGAACAUUCCUUGCCCUGGUGAUGAGAAGGAAUGCUACAGUGAGUGGGGGCAGUGGACAAUAUGUUCCAGAGAAUGUGGAGAAGGCGAGGAGCACAGGACCAGGGAUGCUGAAAAAGAGAGGGAUUCCAGCGGAGUGGAAUGUUAUGAUUCCCAGGAUUACAUUUAUCAGAGUAGACCUUGUUAUAACAGACCAUGCAAAGUUGACUGUGAAGUUGGAGAGUGGACGACCUGGGAGAAAUGCUCCAAAGAUUGUGGUACAGGCAGUACACGGAGACUAAGACAGAUCGCUACAUCUCCUGCCAACGGAGGAGAGGAAUGUCAGGAUCUGUACGAGAUAAAGGAAUGUCAGGUGCAGGAAUGUCCGGAUCCUAGAACAUGUGAUCUGUCCGAGUGGACUGAGUGGUCUGCUUGUUCGUCAGAAUGUGAUGGAGGUACUUCUUACAGGUUCAGAACAAUACUCCGUCGUCCGACCGACCCCAUCGCAAAGUGCCCUGUCACCGAAGAUUCUAGAGCUUGUAACACUCAAUCAUGUGACGCAGCAGAUCAUGAAGAGCCUGAUGUAGUGGAUUGUGAAGUGACAACUUGGGCUCCCUGGUCAGCGUGCAGUAAGACUUGUGGCAGUGGAAUCAUGCACCGAUUUAGGGUGAUUGUUAGGAAACCUAAAAAUGGUGGUCAGCCGUGUGGAAACUUGGAGGAGAAUAAACCUUGCGAUGCAGGCUUCUGUUAUGGAUCCUGUGGCUUAACAAAAUGGACAGAGUGGUCAGGCUGCUCUAAAGUUUGUGGCGAAGGAUCUAGAAGCAGAUACCGGUACAUUAGACAUGCAGAUGAUAUUGAUAUUUGUCCUUCUCUCACUGAGAUUCAGCCAUGUUUUGUUCAGGAAGUGUGCCCUAAAAAACCCACCAAGGAUAAGAGCUUUGAAACUACUGAGGAAAUAGACUGUGAGCUAAGUAACUGGUCGGUAUGGACGGUAUGUACAGUAUCAUGCGGUGUAGGAGGAACACAGCAGAGGUUCCGAGAGAUGGUCAUGUCUCCCAGCGGAGGUGGGAGACAGUGCAGACACUUAGCUGAAGAGAGGUUCGGGUGUAACGAGCAUAUCACUUGUAAAGACCAGACAGGAAUAUGCGAGGUAUCAAACUGGACGGCUUGGUCAGAAUGCUCGGUAACCUGUGGCGAGGGACUCCAGCUCCGGUCCCGUUCCAUCACCCAGCGUACUGAUGACGCUCCCUGUCCCACUCUUGAGGACGAGCGGUAUUGUAACAAGAAGUCCUGUGCUAUUAUUGAUGAGCACAAGAAAUGUAAGAUGUCUCAGUGGUCACCAUGGACUGCUUGUGAUGUGGAGUGUGGUACUGGUAUUCAUAUUCGAACACGGUAUGUGAAGGAGGGUUUCACCGAGGAAUGUCCACAGAAGCAGCAAACUAAGAUAUGCAAGAGGAAACCUUGUUCAAACGACAAAUCGGAGAGAUCAGAGUACGAAAGUCAGAUGAUUUAUUCAGAGCAAGCAGAUCUCUGCAUGAGGAUGAUCACAGAAAAAAGCGGCGAAAUUCUACCAAUCUUUGUCGAAUGUGACAUCAACGAUCAAGAGCAACAGUGGAUCUGGACUGAAAAUGGGAAACUUUAUAAACUGUCAAAUGAACUUUGCUUGGAUUACCAUCCAGAGUCGACUGAUGUCGACAAGUUCGAUCACAAGAACUUCCAAUAUUCGACUUGCUCGACCACCAAUUCAGAGUUUCAAUGUUCGGGAAAUAGAAUAUUGGUGAAGAAUUCCUUCGGCACAGGAUGUCUAUCCUAUCUGAGAGUCAAGAAAGGCAACGUUGACGUAACAGUUGUCGGGAUCGAGAAAUGUGGUGGCACCGGACGUCAGACACUGGUAAGCUAUGAUAGCCGAGAGCCCAUUUGUUACAACCCCUCCCUUCUUCCUACCCAAUCUCCUGAGCCAGAAGAGGGUUGUGUUUGGAUUCGUGGUCCUAUAAUUGAGUGCCCAGAUAAGAACCUGCUCCGUGGAAUCCAGACAAUAGAUGACACGUUGGUGGGUGAGUGUUGCGAGGACGUGACCGUCUCCCACCGCUGUGAGGUUCAAACGGUUAAGAGGUCUGGAGAUAACUGUGUGAACGGUGUGGUUACUGGCCUGACUUUUAUCAACAAUCAACAGAGACACGUUAGGUGUUGUGAGAGGGACCACAAGCUAGGGAAGUGUUUCCCGAACACGGACAGAGCAAUACAACCAAUGAGGUGUAAUGCUAACACUGUUAUGAAGAGAUUGAGGGUUACUUGUAAAGCGGGCUGUAAGGCUGAAAUGACAUGUUGCAACACGGAUAAUAUAAACGGACACGGAGGAACAAUGGUCGUACCCAACGACUGCAUUAUAACCCAACAACAGAGUGGGCGAAAAGGAACCUCAAACAUUGUCUGUCCAAGAUCAGACAGUAAGAUAGUUAUGCUACAAGGAGGUUACAUACAAGUGGACGGUAAGGUGGGUGUAUGUUGUGAGAAGAGAGGACAGACCCUUGGGUACCAGAUGAGAGAUGCUGGUGAAGGUUGUGAGCCUAACCAGGUUCUUACUGGUCUUCACUUUGAUGCUAGCAACACUAUAAAGCAACUUGAUUGUGCAGAAGUGAACAUAGCCUUCAAAGACUGCUAUACUAACAAGAUCGCACCAAAUAGCCGACAUAUUGGGUGCCCUAUUGGAGAGUUUGUUACCGACUUGUCUAACACUUGUGAGGAUCCACCAUGUCCCUAUUCUGCUACUUGCUGCAAAAAGGACAAGGAAAUGUCUGAGGAGUAUACGGAAACGGUCCUUCCCGUUGGUGAAGAUUGUAAAGUUCUUAAUGCUGUGUUCUACGGUUCAAAGAGGCUGCACUACGCUAGUUGCAGAAGGAACAAUGUUGAAAACAACUUUAUAAACGGACUGGAAAUAAUGUCCGGAGAUAUCCGGUAUGUUUGCUGUAAGGCACCAAAAUCUUUCUCCGGCUGUUCAACUAUCAAAGCUGAAAAGUUGACGUUGGAAUGUUCGGAGGGAAAGGUCCUAUCUUCUGUUGGGCUCAUUGGAAAGAACUUCUACUCUGGGCAAUGCUGUGAUUUCAACAAACGUAGCGUUGUAGACGAGUGUAUCUGGUACGACGGUAAAACUCUAUCUUGCCCUGAUGACAAAGCUUUCACUGGUGUCAAGACUAUCUGUGGGGUGAAGGACUGCAAGAUUGCUGUAAAAUGUUGUCAGAUAUCCCGGAAGAAGGAUGUAAUAUCAAGGAUAACGGAUAAGAUAGAUGACAUUAUCGAUGAUUACUCCAAAACGGAUAUUAAAAGUGAGGAUGAUGAGGGAUGUGUUAUCUUUUCCAUUGUAGAUUUAAAACAAGGAGACGGAGAUGACGAAAUCGAAUGUAUUGGAAAGUACAACAUGUUAAGAGCGUACACUGAACAAGGACUACAGUGCUGCAAGACUAGGUACAAGACCAGUUUCUGUAGAAUUCAACCCAUACAAAAGGAAUGUCCUUAUGGAGGGAUUAUGACGGGUCUCCGGAUGAACGAAGAUGGAGUGGUCAAGGAAAUGGUUUGUUGUGAGAUUGACGCUGAACGAGCAUAUUGUGAGUUGUCAGAGUCUUGCAGUAAAGCCCAAAUUAUGGGAGGUAUUGCUGAAGCAAGUGGAAAAAUGUUUGAUAACUGCUGCUAUCUUACAGAUAAGAUAGAAGGUGACUGCAUAUCAAAAUACGCCGAUUACCCUGGUGGUUUUAUUAGCAUGACUCUGGAUCUAAGCUCAGUAAAAGACUGCAGUCGACUGUGCACUGACACAAAAGGGUGUAUAGCGUUUGUUUUGUCUCCUGUUUCCAGGACUUGUACUCUUAAAGACGACACUCACCAAGAUAUUUCUUAUGAAACCAGUACCGCUGUGAAGGGUGGUAUAGCUGGUCUAGUUAAUUGUCGUGAUCGUGAUAGAGAGGAUGCUGUCGAUGGAUUUGACGAAAACUGCAUAGAAACAAAGAUUGACUAUCCUGGCGGAGAUUUAAGAACAAGUCGGAAAUUGAGCUUGGUUCACUGUAUUGAAGCAUGCUUCGACACGCCACGCUGUUUAAGAGUUGUGUACUUGAAAAAGGAUUUGACCUGUACACUUAAGAGGAAAGGUUGGGAAAAAAGAACCAAGUGGAGUGAAAAUGCUAUAUCAGGUUCGCUGUCUGUUUCAAUGGCCUGUGCCCAGGAAUCUCUUGAAGAACCUCCCAUUGAAUCUCCAGAGGAGUUUAAUGAAGAUCUAAAGGGAAGUCACACUGCGUUCAAAAGGAUUUGGAUUACCCAGGCGGUUUUAUUAAGAAAAUGAGUGCAUCUUCUCUUUCUGAAUGCGUAAAGAUGUGUUCAGAGGAAGAAGGUUGCACACUUGUCAUAGCUUUGCCAAAGUCUAAGCUUUGUAUCUUCAAAAAUAGUGACCACCAAGAGGCUACCGACAGCACACGAUUUGCACGACAAGGGUCUAUCGCUGUUUCAAUGGAAUGUCGAAAUCAUAAAAAGCCAAAGAGAAAAGAUGAUGUUGAAGAC